GAGAGAGAGAGCAGUUGUGGAAACACUUCAUUGCCCCUGAUCCCCCCCUCACUCUGCCCACUCUCUCUGCAUGCGUCUCCCAGAACUGGCAGGAGCUCAGCACACAGGGCCACUGAAGGCUCCAGGCUAAGGGAUGGGAGGAGGUGACUGAGGGUGACCAGGGACAGCCAGACAAACUCACAGACAUACAAUAGACAGGUACGAUGGUGGCAGAAGAAGUAGUGGUCACCCUCUCAGGUGGAGCACCAUGGGGGUUCCGACUGCAGGGGGGAGCAGAGCAACAGAAACCCCUUCAAGUGGCUAAGGUGAGGAAGCGCAGUAAGGCCUGCCGGGCUGGUCUUCGGGAGGCAGAUGAACUGGUCUCAGUCAAUGAUGUAGCCUGUGGAGAGCUGUCUCACGCUGAGGCCAUGAACCUUAUCGACAGUGGCCGGGGAUCCCUUCAGCUGCGGAUUAAGAGGACCCCAGUGGGAUUCCAGUCAGUAGUGCUGUUGGACCGAGCCCCCUCCCCUCGCAUUGAUAAAGAGUACAGGGCAGCCCUAAGAGCCCUUUCCCCUCCAACCUCCUCCAAACUGUCAUGUGACCACAGGGGAGCAAUCAUGUCUCCUACCAGUGGCCCAGAGUGCUUGACGUCCCCUCCAGAAAGUGAGGCAUACUACGGUGAGACUGAUAGUGAUGCGGAUGUGAUGGCUCAAGACAAGCAGCGCAGACAGAAGCGCCGCAGCCCCAGCAGCUCCCCAGCCAAAGCCAAUGGUCUAGGUUGGCCUCAUGAGGAGGAAAACUCAGAGAUGAGUGGCUAUGAGAGUGCCACCGAUAAUAUGUGCAUAUACCCCCAAACAAAGACCUGGAUCAUUUCUAAUGGCGAAGUGGAGGGGAUAGGAUCUUCACAGCAGCAGAGUUUACCUGGAGUGGUCCGCAGAGACGUGGUCUUCCAACCCAACCAGGCAGAGUGGUCUCUUCAGGCUGAGAACUCUUCAGAGAACUCUGACCAAAGCCCAUCAGGGGCAGCAGAAGUUGACAGUGGUUUCCAAGAGCCUCCAACAGUGCCCCCUCCAUUGGUGUCCCCAGAGAGGGCCAAAGAAGCACUCAUGCUGGCAUCCCACAGAAAGCUGGUACCCAUGGUGGGACCUGUGGAUAACCCAGUGGAUGAAGAGCUCACUGUCACAUACAUGGACAAGGCCAAGCAAGCCAAGCUGCACAGGAAUGAGAGUGUGCAGGACAAACAGGUGAAGGAGGCUCGAUCCAAGUGCCGGACUAUUGCCUCACUGCUGACUGAUGCGCCAAACCCUCACUCGAAAGGUGUGCUUAUGUUUAAAAAGCGCCGUCAACGCGCAAAGAAGUACACACUUACCUGCUUUGGCAGUGUCGACGGUGAGAGCUUGAGCAACACAGAAGGAGAGACCGAGGACGAGAGCUUUUUUCUGGGCAGUGAGUCAGAGCUGGACGAGGAUAGUCUUUCAGCAGCACCAGAUCCUACCUGGGACAGUGGCUAUCUGGAUGUUUUGGAGAGGAGGACAUCAGCCUGUGUGGUAACUGACAGGGACGCAGAGGGCAGCCCAGGCCUAAGUGCCACCUCAGGGAAAGGGGCAGAGCUUUUUGAGCAACAGAGGAAGAAGACUGAGAAACAUACAUCCACACCGGUUACCCUGACCCCAGCCUCCAUGCCCCAGCAGCAGCCAAACCCGGCUGUGAUAUACACGCCUGUUACUCCAGUUACACCAUUCUCUUCUCAGAGUAGCAGCAUGGUGAAUGGGGAGCCUAUAGUGGUUAGCAGAACCAGCAUGGUGCUGUCUUCUCCAGGCCAAACUUCCAUGGCCUCUGUGGCAGGAUCCUUACCAGAGCAAUCGGAUACUUCCUCUGGAAGCUCGGUCCACAACAGAACUGCCAGACCUUUUGCCCCUGGCUGUGUCAGCCAUAGAGCCUCCACAGCCCCAGUUGUCUUCAGGCCCAACACUACCAAGAAAACCCCACUUCCGGCUCAAGGGGUAUCUGUGGCAACUGUACCAGCUCCUUUUUCUCCUGCUGGAUCUGGCCCUGGCAGCUCUGAGCAAAAGAGAGCCAUCUCCACUGCUUCCCUGUACAUCCCCCCAAGACCAGCCACAGUCAGUGGCCCUCCAUCUGUCUUUUCUCCAUCCUCUUCAGUGACAUCUCCUUCAUUUUCUCCCCCUGCCUUAAAUGGCCCACCUUUCCCACCACAAGCUUCAGUGACAUCUGCACCUUUCUCUUUGACAUCUGCUCCUGCUUCACCCUAUAAUCCAGCCUCUGCUAUUGCUGCCCAGCCUUACUUUUCUCCACCAGCACAAACUUUGCCCUUUAGCCCUCCUCCCACUAUGGCUAGCAAUCCAUGUCAGUUUCAACCGACAGCUCCUGUGUCAUCACAGUCCUAUUUAUCCCCUUCCCCUGCCCCAGAUCCUGCCCAUGUUCAAGUUCCCGCACAGGUCCCUCAAGGUCCAAAUAUGCAGCAACCACAAGCUCACAAGGUUUCUUUCUACCCAUAUAUCUCAGUGGCAACCACUUCAUCUGGAACAGCGGUGACCCCCAUGGGCCAGCAGUAUCCCCUCUCUAAUUCAAGUGCAGGGGUUUCUUCUCGAGAGCAGAGGAUUUCCGUUCCAGCUGCCCGCACAGGCAUUUUGCAGGAGGCCCGUCGCCGCAACACUAAGAAACCCAUGUUUAGUAAGCCUGAAGAGAAGAAGCCUGUCUCUUAUAAUCCUGAGUUGCUGUCUCUAGUGCAGAACCAUGACGACAGGUCCCGCUCUGGGGCAGAGCCCGGCUUUGAGUCAGGUCCAGAAGAGGACUCCCUCAACCUGGGUGCUGAAGCUUGUAACUUCAUGCAGGCACAAAGAGGCAGAAUAGCUCCACCAGUGGCUCCAAAGCCUGCACACAACACUCCUGAGAUCCCCCAAAUGGGAGGGAAGGGAGCAGAACUAUUUGCACGUCGACAGAGUCGCAUGGAUCGCUAUGUGGUAGACAAACAGCCCAAGUCUCCAGCCCAACCUCGUGAACCCUCACCUACUCCUUCUCUCCCAGCUCAUUGGAAAUACUCUCCCAAUGUCCGUGCCCCUCCUCCGAUUAAUUAUAACCCACUGUUGUCCCCGUCCUGCCCUCCAAUGGCCCAGCGAUGCAGUAAAGCAAAUGAGGCUGCAAGAGGUAGAACCAAAACAGCACCUGGCCAACACAAGCAAGGCAUCAAAGCUUUGGACUACAUGAGCAGACAGCCUUACCAGCUCAACUCUAACUUGUUCAGUUACGGGGGUGGCGUCCCUCAGACCAUUUCUACCUACCAACAGCAGCAGAAUGGAAUCAACAAUUUUGGCGGCACUCUGAACCCACCGAAGCAAGUCCCUGUGAAAUCCCCCCGUGUAUAUGAGAUCAAGCGCUUCUCCACCCCAACCCCAAUGUCAGCACCAACAACCCUGAGCCCUACUGUGAUCGUCCCACGCUCAGCUACCACUCUGGCUGAACCCAUGUGGCGCUCUGACAUCACCUCACCUCCUCCUGUCGCUCCUCGACCUGCUGCACCUUUCUCUCCCCCACCUCCUGCCCCCUCAGCAGCCCUACCAGCAUUACCUAAGUUCUCCACCACCCCUGUGCCCAAUGCAGUUCCCAUCCCAGCACCCACUCCUGUGCAAGUUCACAGCCCAUUCCAGGCAGCCAAGCAGUUUCAGAGUGCUCCAGAGCUGAGCCCCCUGUCUCCCACCCGGGGGCGUUCUGCCAUGUCUGGAAGCAGUCAGAACCUGCAGGUGCCCAGACCCCGCUUCAGCACCUCUAGCGUGGGCCUGCAGCCCAAUGUCUGGAGGCCUGGCUCCAUGCUCUAUUGAAUUUCACUCCACCAUGAAGAACCAGCUUCAUGAAGUAAAACAGAGCACUUCACAGUGUACUCGUGCUGUGAAUCAGUAUUGAAUUAGUGUCUUAUUGCCUGAGUAAUAAGACAGUCACUGGAUGAUAUGAUUGCAUGUAAAUGAUUUAUUCACAAGCAGUAUUUUUUCCCUGGUCAACAGGUCAAUUCAAGUAGUUGAUUUACAGAUUUCUUGCAAUUUCGCAUAAUUGCUAUGAUAUUAAUGUGUCAUGCAGAAAAUCCAGAAA